AUGGCAGAUAAUCAAGAUAACCAGAAUAAAAGGUUGUUGAGUGACUAUGCAGUGCCGAAUGUCAAUGGUGCUCAACCCAGUAUUGUGAGACCUACAGUCAAUGCUAAUAAUUUUGAGAUUAAGCCUGGUCUCAUCCAGAUGGUGCAGCAGGAGCAGUUUGGUGGAGGACCUUCUGAGGAUCCACAUGCACACCUUGCCAAUUUCUUGGAGAUUUGUGAUACAAUCAAGAUGAAUGGAGUUAGUGAUGAUGCUAUUCGACUCCGACUUUUUCCAUUUUCUCUAAAGGAUAAAGCCAAGGCCUGGUUGAAUUCCAAAGCGCCUAACUCUUUCACCACCUGGAAUGCCUUGUCACAAGCUUUUCUGAGUAAGUAUUUUCCCCCAGGUAAGACUGCCAAACUUAGAAAUGAUAUUACCAGUUUUGCUCAGUUUGAUGGUGAAUCUUUGUAUGAAGCCUGGGAGAGGUUUAAGGAUUUGCAGAGGAAGUGUCCACAUCAUGGUCUUCCUGAUUGGCUGAUUGUACAGACUUUCUAUAAUGGAUUAACACAUUCAGUCAGAAUUACUAUAGAUGCAGCUGCAGGAGGUACUUUAAUGAGUAAGUCAACAGAAGAGGCAUAUGAGUUGUUAGAAGAAAUGGCCUCUAACAAUUAUCAGUGGUCUAAUGAAAGAUGUAUGCCUAAGAAAGUUCCAGGUAUGUAUGAUGUAGAUGGCAUAAACAUGUUGAAUGCCAAGGUUGAUUCUCUAGUAAAAAUGUUCGGUAAGCUAGGUAAUGUGAAUUCCGUUUCUAGUCCUGUAUUGAGUUGUGAUUGCUGUGGAGGAGCUCACAUGAGUUCUGAUUGUAUGCAGGUUCAAUUUGUGUCUAAUUAUAACAGGCAGCAACAGCAGAACAACCCUUAUUCCAACACAUACAACCCAGGAUGGAGGAAUCAUCCUAACUUUUCAUGGAAAGAUCAAGGUAACCAAGGUAGCAGUUCUAGACCUCUCCAUCCUCCUGGUUUCCAACCAAAACCAUCCCAACCAGAAAGUAAACAGUCUUGGGAGAUAGCUAUUGAGAAGUUAGCCAAUGCCAGUUCAGAGAGAUUUGAGAGACUGGAAGCAAAGGUUGACCAGUUGGCGAGUUCCAAUAGAAAUGUGGAGAUUCAAUUGGGGCAGUUAGCCAAUUCCAUCAAUUCUCGUGGACAGGGUAAUUUGCCUAGUAAGACAGAGGUCAAUCCGAAGGAGCAUUGCAAGGCAGUCACCUUGAGAAGUGGUAAGCAACUUGGUCAGGUAAGUGGUGAGACUAUAGUUGGUGAUAAAGUAGACUAUGAAGAGGUGAACAAGAAGGUCAGUGAAGAAGUUGAGGACCUAGCCAAGACACCAUCCCCACUACCACCAGUCGAACCUUAUGUUCCUCCCAUUCCUUUUCCUCAAAGGCUUAAGCAGAAUAAAAUUGAUCAACAGUUUGAGAAAUUUUUGAAAGUGUUUAGGCAGCUUCACAUUAAUAUUCCUUUUGCAGACGCCUUAGCACAAAUUCCUGCAUAUACAAAAUUUUUAAAGGAGAUCAUGUCUAAGAAGAGGAAAUUGGAAGAUUUCGAGACCAUUGCCUUGACGGAGGAAUGCAGUGCCAUUAUCCAGAAUAAGCUUCCACCAAAGCUAAGAGAUCCAGGGAGUUUUUCUAUUCCUUGUACUAUAGGUGAUGUUGAUUUUUCUAGAGCUUUGUGUGAUUUAGGUGCUAGUGUUUCACUAAUGCCUUUAUCUGUAUCUAGGAAGCUUGGAUUGAAGGAGUUAAAGCCUACUACCAUCUCUUUGCAGCUAGCUGAUCGAUCGGUCAAAUAUCCUUUAGGUAUUCUUGAGAAUGUGCUGAUCAAGGUAAAGAAGUUUAUCAUUCCAGUUGAUUUUAUUGUUUUGGAGAUGGAAGAAGACACCGAGAUCCCUAUCAUUUUAGGCCGGCCCUUUCUAGCCACAGCUGGAGCUAUCAUAGAUGUUAAGAAUGGUAGGUUGACUUUGAAGGUUGGUGAAGAAGAGGUAGAGUUUAAUUUAUUUGAAGCUACUAAAUAUCCUUCUUUUACUGAUCAUGUUUUUCGAGUUGAUGUUGUAGAUGAGUCGACCAGAGAGUUUUUUAAGGCUGAAAAUACUAAAGAACCUCUUGAGACUUGUUUAGUGAGUGCAGGGACAAGUAAAGAUGAUAAUCUAGAGAUUGCUAAAGUGGCGUGUGCAUUAGAGGCUACAUGUCCUAAGCCAAAGAAGAGAGGUAUUUAUUUUGAGGAUAUCGGCAAAGGUAAGCCACCCCCUCCCCCUUCUAAUGUGCAAGCACCAGUUCUGGAGUUGAAGCCAUUACCCUCACAUCUCAUGUAUGCAUUUUUAGGUGAGAAUAAUACUUUGCCUGUGAUUGUGAGUGUUUCUUUGUCUGAUGAGCAACUUGACAAAUUGAUACGUAUUUUGAGAUUGAGAAAAAAAGCCAUAGGAUGGACUAUAUCAGACCUUAGAGGAAUUAGCCCUUCAUUGUGUAUGCAUAGAAUUUUAAUGGAGGAUAACCAUAAACCUAUUGUUGAAAAUCAGAGACGGUUAAAUCCGAACAUGAAAGAAGUAGUUAGGGCUGAAGUUCUUAAAUGGUUAGAUGCAGGGAUUAUUUAUCCUAUAUCUGAUAGUUUAUGGAUUAGUCCAGUGCAGGUAGUACCUAAAAAGGGUGGGAUGACUGUGGUGCAUAAUGAAAAUAAUGAAUUAAUUCCCACUAGGACAGUAACUGGGUGGAGAGUCUGCAUAGAUUAUAGGAAACUUAAUAGUGUUACCCGUAAGGAUCAUUUUCCUUUACCUUUUCUUGAUCAGGUGCUUGAGAGACUUGCUGGGUAUGCAUAUUACUGUUUUUUAGAUGGUUAUUCAGGGUAUAACCAGAUUUCUAUAUCCCCCGAAGAUCAAGAAAAGACCACCUUCACUUGUCCUUAUGGUACUUUUGCAUUCCGUAGGAUGCCUUUUGGUUUGUGUAAUGCACCUGCUACAUUCCAACGUUGCAUGAUGGCUAUUUUCUCUGAUUUUGUUGAAAAGAUCAUGGAGGUUUUCAUGGAUGAUUUUUCUGUUUUUGGAUCUUCUUUUGAUAGUUGUUUAGAUAACUUAUCUCGAGUUUUGCAGCGCUGUGAGGAGACCAAUUUGGUCUUGAAUUGGGAGAAAUGUCAUUUUAUGGUGCAGGAAGGUAUUGUUUUAGGCCACAAAAUUUCAGCAAGAGGCCUUGAAGUGGACCGAGCAAAAAUAGAAAUUAUUGAAAAAUUGCCACCACCUACAAAUGUUAAGGGAGUUAGAAGUUUUCUUGGUCACACAGGAUUUUACCGGCGUUUUAUUAAGGAUUUCUCUAAAAUUUCUAAACCUCUUUGUAAUCUGUUGAAUAAGGAUGUUGUGUUUGAUUUUGAUAAGGACUGCUUGAAUGCUUUUAACAGGUUGAAGCAAGAGUUGGUGUCAGCACCAAUUAUGGCAGCCCCAGAUUGGAGUUUGCCUUUUGAGCUAAUGUGUGAUGCUAGUGAUUUCGCUCUGGGUGCUGUUCUCGGCCAGAGAAAAGACAGGAAGUUGCAUGUUAUAUAUUAUGCUAGUAGAGUUUUAAAUAAUGCACAGUUGAAUUAUGCAACUACUGAAAAAGAAUUGCUUGCUGUUGUGUUUGCUUUUGACAAGUUUCGAUCUUAUCUUGUAGGUUCCAAGGUAAUCGUAUAUACGGACCAUUCAGCAAUCAAGUACUUGCUGAAAAAGAAAGAUGCCAAACCGCGCUUGAUUCGGUGGGUGCUGUUGCUUCAAGAAUUUGAUCUUGAGAUUCGAGACAAGAGAGGCAUGGAGAAUGUGGUGGCAGAUCACUUGUCUAGAUUAGAGGGGCAGUCAAGAGCAGAUGAGGUGCCCAUUAAUGAAAGCUUUCCAGAUGAGCAGUUGUUGGCAGUUUCAGUCAUCCCCUGGUAUGCUGAUUUGGUGAACUAUUUGGUGAGUGGCAUUGUUCCCCCUGAUUUGAGCUAUCAUCAGAAGAAAAAGUUUUUGUGGGAUGUGAAGCAUUAUUUUUGGGAAGAACCGCUACUCUAUAAACACUGUGCAGAUGGGAUGAUUAGAAGAUGUGUGCCCCAAGAUGAGAUGGAGGAUAUACUUGACUAUUGCCAUUCCUUGGAGUGUGGUGGACAUUUCAGUACCUCUAAGACAGUUGCAAAGGUAUGGCAAUCUGGUUUUUAUUGGCCGACCAUGUAUCAAGAUACUAGACAAUAUGUGAGCAUGUGUGAUAGAUGUCAGAGGGUUGGCAACAUUUCGAAAAAGAAUGAGAUGCCCUUGACCAAUAUCUUGGAGGUUGAACUGUUUGAUUUAUGGGGAAUUGAUUUCAUGGGCCCAUUUCCUUCUUCCUUCAAUAAUCAGUACAUUCUGGUAGCAGUGGAUUAUGUGUCUAAAUGGGUUGAAGCUACUGCAACUCAGACUAAUGACUCUCGAGUGGUGAUGAGAUUUGUGAAGAAAAAUAUUUUUUCAAGAUUUGGUGUGCCGAGAGCUAUUAUUAGUGAUGAAGGCUCCCAUUUUUGUAAUCGGUCAUUUGAGGCUUUGUUGAAGAAAUAUGGGGUUACUCAUAAGGUGGCACUUGCCUAUCAUCCCCAAACAAAUGGGCAAGUGGAACUUGCAAAUAGGGAAUUGAAGCAAAUUUUGGAGAAAACUGUGAGCAGUUCAAGAAAGGAUUGGGCAAAUAAGUUAGAUGAUGCACUUUGGGCCUAUAGGACAGCUUUCAAGACACCUUUGGGUAUGUCUCCUUACAGACUUGUCUUUGGAAAGUCUUGUCACUUACCAGUGGAAUUGGAACACAGGGCCUAUUGGGCAAUCAAGGAUUUGAACAUGGAUUUGAAAGCUGCGGGGGAAAAGAGAUUGUUACAGUUGAGUGAGUUGGAGGAGUUUAGGUUGGAUGCUUAUGAAAAUACUCGGAUUUACAAGGAAAAGACAAAGCAUUGGCAUGACAAACAUCUUCAGAUUAGAAACUUCGAAAUUGGGCAGCAAGUAUUACUCUUCAACUCAAGACUUAAGUUAUUUCCAGGCAAGCUUCGUUCUAGGUGGUCUGGCCCAUUCACGGUAACGAAAGUGUAUCCAUAUGGUGCUGUUGAGGUGCGUAGUGAGGUCACUGGUGCAUUCAAGGUUAAUGGGCAGCGUUUGAAGCCUUAUCUUGCUAGUAAUGUGGUUCCUAAAGGAGUGAUUUACUCUUUGAAGAAUCCUACCUAUGGUUGAUGGUGUGGAAGUCAAGCUAAUGACUGUAAACAAGCGCUUCUUGGGAGGCAACCCAACCACAAAAAAAAAAAAAAAAAUCCUUUCUUUUGUCUUUUGUUAUAUGUUUUAAUUGUUGUUUUUAUUUAAGUCUUUGAAUAAUUAUUGUUGUUACCCCUUUCUUUUUGGUUGUGUUGUGUAGGUGCAGAAAAAUCAAGCAAAAAGCUAGUUCGUGUUCAAUUCAGUCGGACAUUCAUUGUGUUCAGCCUUGCUAAAAGGGGAGUAUUAGUCUUCCAUUUUUCUUUGCUUUCACAUUGAGGACAAUGUGAAAAUUUGGGGGAGUGGAUAUUUGAUUAUGCUGAAUGUUGGUACAGGUUAUGUUUGUUUGAGAAAGAAAAUUUUUUCGAAAUUCUGGUUUGUUCACUUUCAUGCAAGUUAAUUGGUGAUCAUAUCCAUGUCUUCCAAACCAAAUUUUUAUGUGAAAGAUUAGGAGAAAUGAACAUGCAUUUGCACUUGUGUGAGACUUAUCUAGGAUCAACAUUACACUUUUGGGUUCUUUAUUGUGUUUAAGCAUUGAAUUUUGAUUUAGGAUAGGCAAUAUCUUAUAAAGCAAGAGUAAGCAUAUUUGUUUUCCUUUGGGAUUAUUGAAGUACAUCUUUCCUUGCAAAGUUGUAUGAGUUGUGUGAUUAUGCAUAAAAGAUGAGUGUGAUGCUUUUCUUGUGAUUAUCCCCUUUGAUCUAGUCCUAAACAGGGUUUAAGUAAAUAGAGUGAUAAUGAUUAGACAGUCGAAUAAAUAAAUGUGUACAAAGUUCUUUCUACUCCAAUGUUUUGAGUUGCUUAGUAACUAGGGGUAUUCAUCACCAAUGUUUACUUUUACGUCAAACGGCAACUUGAAAUAUGAGUAUGCAAAAGCACUUUAAGUAUGUGACUUGUUGAGUAACCGGGUGCAUCCAUCACAAAUGCUUGUAUUCGCGUCAAAAGGCAAGUGACAACUUAAAGACAAAGAAUAAAUUUCAAAAAAAAAAAAAAAAAA